AGUGUUGCGUCUCACUUUUGAGUUUGCAACUAAAGCCUCCUUUACACAGGGCUGCGACCUUUGUGCCACCUUUGAGCGAUCAAAAACUGGCCAGGACGCUCAAUGGUCGCCUAAACCCAGAAAAUCAUGUUUCUGUGUAACUGCUCCAGCAGUUGUUCAGCAGUUACUGCUCGAGUUGUUCAGCGUCUGCAACCACAGUGAAACACUGCAGGUACAAACCCUCUAUUUAUAGGCAGGCUGAGGAGGCACUACAGGUAGCUCAAGGGAGGCAGAAAAGAGACAGAAGCAUUGCCGUGGUGUCUCAAGGGUUGCCGGGGUCGCCGAAUGGAGGCACGGCGUUCGCUACAGUCAUCGUUCAGUGCACGCUGUUGGUCGCCCAAAGGAGGCACAUGGGAGUAAGAAGCAUCGCCCAGAUUAACGGAAUACAUUUGCAGCAGAACGCAUCUUCUACCUGGCGACCAUUGGGUGACCACUGUGCCUUCAUUCUGCAACAACGGCAAUGCUUGUGCCUCCUUUGAGCAACCAAUCUCCUUGGCGACCUUUGUGCGACUGUUCUGAACAUGUUCAAUAAUUCACGGCGACCAUGGCGUCCAUCGCGAUGUCUGAACCUCCUGUGUACCACCUUGGAACGACCUAGGCAACCAUUCUGCCUACGUUGAGCCUCCAACGACGACCUGGCAAAUUUCAUGGUCGCACACGGUAGGCACAAAGGCCGCCAUCCUGUGUAAAGGCCCGAUAAGCGACCUCCAGUCCGUCAUUGACAAACACUUCAACAGACGUGUACGUCAGGAUUCCCCAAACGCUAUUAAUAGCCUGUUUUAGGCAGUAUGUAAACGUUAUUCAAUAUGAUAUUAGGAAAUAUGUAAGACAUGUAGUGUGCUAAGACGUCUCUUCUACAUUUGGCCGAGGACCUGGGUGUCAAGACUUGUCGCACUGUCAAAGAUGGGAGCCAAGCAGUCAAAAUCAAGCAGGGUCAGAUUCCUUCCAGAGUCACACAACACUGUCCGCAGUCAUAACUACACACCACUUGUCUCACAGGCAAAUGAUACUUGGAGUGAACAAACCAUUGCUGAUGUAACUGGCCGAUCAGAACAAACAUUAAGGAAAUGUGUUGGACAGGAUGGAGAAGAAGACGAAGGAUCACCGAACCCGCUAAGUACAUACAGCUUGAAAACAGAGACGGACAUAAUCUCUGUCAUCGAGGAGGAGCCUGCCCUGGUCUCACAACCCGGGGGACAUUUUGUAAAUGCAAAAACAAUGAAGCACAAAGAUUUUAGAGGACACCAAGUAAGGGCACGACACAUACACUCGACCAAUCCUGCCAUGGGCGACUGGAGUACACAGAAACUUAUCUCUCAAUGGCAAACUCCUAAUUUGCAAGAUGAAAUUAAAAAAUGCAUUCUGUCACAGAAAAUCCACAAACUCAAAACACAAUCUAAAAUGGCUGAAAUGUCUAAGUUUCUUUUACUGGAUGACGAACAUAUCAGGAAAGUUGUCUUGACAUGUCUUCGACAGUUUGUGUAUGCCAGUGAGGACAAUGUCAACGUUGAAGAAAUAACUGCAGUCGAAGAGAACAUCUGGAAGAGUCUGAGUCAGUACCAGGAUCAUGUGUUUGACCUUGGAAUCCUCAACCUCAUGCUGUUCAGUUGCCUGCUGUGUAACCCUGACAGAUCAGAGGAAACAGUGGAGAAACUGACUGAGAUAUCAGCGACCAGAAAGGAGAGCAUUGAAGACUUAAUCAAGGAAAAGAGGUGCACAGCAGCCCAUGAUCUUCUAAAAGCAAUGCUACAUUACCAUCAAGUGUUUCCUAAGCGUUUAGUUCGGAAGAGUGGCUUGGUCUUCGGCAGUGAAGUCAAGAAUGCCUCUGAUAUAAAUAAACAGGAAUCAUUGACCCUGGUGAAAAAAGCACACUUCUGUGACACAUUCACACAUCUCUUCUCGUUAUUGAAACAGACUAUGGUACCUGGCUGCGAAAAGACUCUGGCAUAUAUGAAGUUCAUAUAUUCUGCCCUGCUUGGAGGACAAUGUCCACGUGGGAAACAAGCCAUGAGGAUGUUGCUGGUGACGGGAUGUAUCCAUUCCUUGACGAGUGCUUUCAAUACAGGUGACGUUCAAAUAGGCGAUGUGAAAGAAACCUGUAAGACCGACCUGACUGAGUUCAUCACAAGAACAGUUGAGGAGCUGAGAACAUCAUCUCUGCCCUUGCUGCUGUCCUGUUUCCGUGUCUCCAACAACAGAGUGUGUCGAGAGAAUCGACUUCAGUGUCUCCUUCAGGAGACACUACCUCUGUUGUGGCAUCCAGGACUGUCAGUCAGAGAGCAAAUACAUGACCUCCAGGAACAUUUUGACGAGCUCCUGCUGCAGAAGGUAGUUCAGCAGGAGAUUGAGAGAGGCCAGGCUUAUGCUGGACUGCAUAUUGAUUACGAAGUCAGUGAAAACAGAUCUCAAUUCCGAACAUAUAACGGACGGAUGGGGACACAGAAAGUCCUUAUUCAUGCACAUAAACCUGAUUUUGACCACUUUUAUUGUUCAACGUUUUAUGAACACAUCAAUCAAGACAUGAGAGAUACUAUGCACAAUUUUGACAUGUUGCGCAAACUGAUGAGCCAUGAUAACUUGGUUGAACUGUAUGCCUACAAUGUGACGUCAGUCCCAAUCUACUACAUCGUGGAGGACUGUCUGGAGAUGACGCUUCAGCAUCAUGUUCUACAACGGAGGACGAGCAUUGACUGGCUGACAGAUCUUGAACUGUGUGACUUUCUCAUGGAAAUCACAAGUGGACUGAUGGCACUCCACAGGCAGAAGGUUCUGUUACGUGAUCUGACGCUGAAUAACAUGUUCCUUGUAAGGAAUAGAGUGAAAAUAGGAGAUCUUAGUGUGGCUUGUAGUUUCCAGUCAGACCAGUGUCCUGAAGUAAGAGAUUUCUACCCUGGAGCCAUCCCAACCCGGUGGACAUGCCAUGAGGCGUGGCUGACUGGAUCCUUCACUCCCCAGUCAGACAUAUGGGCCCUGGGGCUCGUCAUCUACACUCUGUGGACCCAUGGCUGUGACCCUUUCACAGAAUACUACAAAGACAGCACGGAAGAAAUCAUGAGAAUGGUGAUGUUUGAAAACAUCCUCCCCUUUCAAUGGCCAUGCAUCCCAGACGAGAUGUACACCUUGUUGACCCGGUGCAUGAGGAAGGUCACUGCUGAAAGGAUUGAGCUCAGUCUGUUCAGGGACACUCUACAGACAUAUAUGGACCAACUGAAGCCGGAUCCGACAUACAGCGAGACAGUUGACACGUCAUUUGAUGUGAUAGUGAAGAAAGACAUGUUCUAUCCCGUGCUGUGUCCACGACAAAUAAUGCGGAACCAUGUGCCGGAGAAGGGAGUUCCAGGAUACAUUCAUGAAUUUAGAAAAGUGAAGGAACGGGGAUAUGUGAACAUGAGGAGGGAGGCGUGGAUAGCUUCAAGGAUACCUGCAGUGACCCAGACGGAACUGAUGGCUUCGGAUGACAUCAGACUGAAACUGAAUCCCGAAGGAGGCAUCACAGUAGAAGAGAGCAUGACAGAGGACUUUGUGAAGCAUACAGUUCCCGAGCUGACUGCUGCCGGCUUUCGCCAGAUCCGAGUCGAUUGUCACACCAAAACGGAGCCUCAUGGGCCUGGAUUCUAUAUACAACAAAGGCUUUACCCCGACUGUGACACCCUUGACGAUGUUGCUGGUUCCCAUGGACUUGACACCAAUUUUUUAAUAGGGUACAGUGGAUUCAUAGAGAAAUACAUUCACCUAUGUUUGCAAGUAGCAGAGGCACUUAAGGACUUCCAUGAGAAGAAAUGGCUUCACGGAGACCUUAGAGCAAAGAACUUCUUGGUCAACAAGUCCACGUGUGAAGUUUACGUCAGUCGUGUUUGCAGAAUGAAGAAGCUCUCACAAAUAUCGGACAUUGUCUUCAGCAUCCCUUCAAGGGAGAGCACAAGGUGGCUCCCCCCAGAGACGCUGAUAGACAACAUCUGGUCGGCUCCUGGAGACGUCUACAUGUGGGCCAUGAUGACGUUUGAAGUGCUUCAGUCGUAUGACCUGCACAGCACCAAUCCAUCCAGGACGAAGGUUCUCCGUGUGCCCUACUGCAUGUUGAAGGAUAAGGAGCUUAUCAUGGCAAAGCAGAAUGGAGACUAUCCUACCAAGCCAGACAUAUGUCCAGAGUGGUUGUACAACCUCCUGCAGAAGUGUUGGCGUCCAGACAGAACUCAGAGGCCAACCAUAGCAGAUGUGGUGCAGGUCCUACGGGAAAACCUCCGUGAUGCCAUAGCUUGCCACCAGAGAAGGAUGGAAUUGAAGCAGGAUAUGGCCCCAUUUCUACGUGCAGGAGAUCCACCUAAUGUGUGUCAAAGAUCUCGAGUCUCACCUUUGAAAAGGUUGGGAAAAUUUAGGCGAACUGUAAAAGGUAUCAUUAAAAGACUUCGCAAUAACCCUGAAGAAGAGAAUACUUAUGAUGACUACGAACAAGCUUUAUACAGCCAGGGAAAUAUUUAUGAAUCACUAAAGGGACCACAAGCUACCACAUCUGAACACAAUGAUCACUUGAGUACUAAAGAUGUACGGCUUAGGUCUCAUCGAGGUCGGAACAAAGCAAGACGUCGAACUCAGGCGUGGAUGAUGAUACAUUCUCCAUUCCCCCGAGAUUCAUCUUCUACUUCCUCAAACACAACGCGAAGACUCAAAAAGAGGCGGAAAAGACACAGCUCAUCUACUCAAGUGAAAAGUUUAUUUCCAAACGAGCCAGAAGGGAGAGAUAACUUGGCUUUCAAUGAUACGGGAGAUGAAAGUGUAUCAGGUACAAAUGAACAUUUGCGGCAAGAAGACAGUUUGGAGCAUGGAGAGCCUAGGAUACUGUCUUCUUCAGUUGAAAGGAGAGAAGAAAAUUUGUGGUUGAGUCUUAACAUUGUGAAUGGAGAUACUGGUGAUAACCACCUUCCAAAACCAAAUGGAGCUACCCUCAGCAACACUGGUGUAUCACCACGUCCAAGAAUGAACGAGAACACAGGCAUUGUGAAUUUUAAGAGAAGUACUGUGUACCAUAAUGGGACGUUUCAGCCAGCUCCUAUGAGUCCAGACUACCAGAGAGUUGAGGAAGAAGAUGAUGGUUAUCUGCGAGCCAUAGUUGAUGCACAAUGUACCACAGUCAACGAAGAUGAUGUGUAAAAUGACGGGCCUUGUAGUAGUUGUCAGGAUUGACAUAAAAACUCCCUGUGUAGGACGGAGUUGGUACAUGAGUGACUGUCAACUGACCCUCACCCCUGUACUCAGUAUUGGUCAUACCUAUAUGACAUGGAGAUCAAUGAACUGCCUAACUUUAACCAUAACUAUAACUUUACUUUUAACCCUAACCCUAACCCUAUCUCUAGACCUAACCCUAACCCUAUCUCUAGGCCUAACCCUUACCCUGAUACUAUCUCUUACCCUAACCCUAACCCAAACACUACCCCUAACCCUAUCCAACACCAACCCAACAAAAAUUGUAACAUACCCAAAACUUUCUCCCCUCCCAUUCGUUUAACUUUCUCCUUCAAACUCGUUUCAAUACUGAUAGCAUUAGUCAAAGCAAUAUGACAUAUCAAAUAUCAAUAUCCAAAUGCUCCUACAAUUGCUGCAAUUAGUAACAUUGACAGGUUAUAAAGUGUAUCUUUGACCCGUAUUUAUACUGCAUAUAAAAUGUAUAAAUAAACAAACCAAGUAUUACACUAUCAAUUGCUCAAGCCAUACUAAUGAUGAAUACAUGAUACCAUUUAGAAAGUGGUCAAAUGUAACAAAUGCUAUAUUUUGGUUUACACUCUCUUUGUAAAGUACAGAUUCUAGUUGAUAGCUUUUGGCCAUGUGAUCCGUGCCAAUUUACACUUGUCAGAGGGGUACACAAAGAAUGUGAUCUUGACUACCAUUUUUGUGGAAGCCUCGGUGGCUAAGUUGGUUAGAUAGCUGACUUUAUGUGCUGGCAAUUAGUUAACUCACACUGAGAGUGUGAGUUCGAGUCCCGAAUAGGACUAAUAACCGAAUAACCCCAAAGGUACUAGAAUCUGUAUUGUACAAAGAGAAUGUAAUCCCAAAUAUAACAUUUGUUAUAUACUAAUGAUCAUAAGAUCAGUGCCUAAUAUGCCAGGUCCACUUUGAUAUAUACUAGCCACAUAAAAAAACUGUGCACGGAGAAAAUAUAGAUAUAAGGGCACACCGUCCAUAUAUGAAAUAUAGGUUUGAACACAGCAAUUAUUGGAGACAUUCAAACGCU